AUGUACUCGAGGAACUUCCUGUUUAUGUACAGCUUCUGCUUCUGCUUCUGCUCAUUUGCCCACCAGAUUCUUCCUGCAACAUGUCUCAAGAUUCUAGACCAAUCCCACCAGCAUAGGGUGAGAACCAACCGGCUCUUCCGAGUGACAACAUUGAACAAAACCAAGACGACCAUGGUUGAGCCUAAUGCCAAGCCCCAGGUUUGUCAAUACGACCCUUGUCGUGCCGCCUCCGGACACAUUUGCGCGGGCAUCAUCAGUGCAAUCCCCCACACGCGAGCGGGUCAGGAAAUCUCGUUGCCGAUUGGCAAGCAGAUCCGAAACGGGGAAAUCACCGUCCCGUUUGCUCACCUUCCCUGCACUCAGUCCCGACGGCGUGGCGUCAUAGUCCAGCUAAUCACCAACCGUGUUCAAACUGAAUAUGAUGUAUCAGCUUCUACGAAGCGAGACCGCAUUAGUUACACACUGUAAUACCAGUCCGACCAACCAGACGGGUUGUAGACAAUUCAGCAGGCUUUCAAAUACUCCAUUGAUACCAUGUAAGCCAGUCGAUGUACAACUCUUUUGGUACAGUUUACUGUGCGAAAAUCCUACGAGACUAGUCUCAUUAAC